UGGUUUCGGAAAUGGGUUACACAAGAUCUUCUCUUCUGUUCCUGGCCUUUGUCUUGGCAUUAUUUUGUUCCACCAUUCACGGUUUGGACAUCACGAAAUUGUUGGGCCAAUACCCCGAAUAUGCCCAGUUCAACAAAUACCUCACCGAAACCAAGCUGGCGGAUCAAAUCAACAGCCUUAACGCCGUUACAGUCCUUGCCCUAGAUGACGCCGCGAUGGCGUCUCUCUCCGCCAAGCCGCAAGACGCCGUUAAAGCCAUCCUCAGCACCCACGUCCUCGUCAACUUCUACGAUGAGAAGAAGCUCAUGGAAGCCGAAGGAAGCCGCGCCAAGGUGGAAACCCUAUUCCAAUCCUCCGGCGUCGCCAAGCCCAACCAGGGUUACAUCUACGUGGCGCUCAUCAACGAGGGAGAGAUCGCGUUCGGUUCCGCCGCCGCUGCACCUAAUGCACCCUUCGAGGUCGUGUUGGUGAGGUCCGUGACGAGCCAACCCGACGCCGCUUCGAUUCUUCAGGUGAGCAAGCCCAUCGUUGCACCUGGCGUUGAGUCUGCAGCUUCUGCUACGGUGCCACUUGCAACCGCCGCCGUUGCCGAUAACAUUGCACAGUCACCUGCUGCUUUGGCACCCGCUCCCAGCAGCGCUUCUCGCGUCUGCAUGGAACUCGCUGGUGUGGCUUCUGCCAUCGCUUCCCUCGUCAUGCUCGCUCUCUAAAUGGCGACA